AUGCCGGGCGUGCCCGACCUGUCGGUGCCGCCGAGCGGCGUGAGCUGCUCGGGCUGCGGGGCCGAGCUGCAGUGCGCGGACGGCGGCGCGCCGGGGUUCAUGCCGGCCGAGAAGUACCGCAGCCUGCUGUCGGAGGGCGCGGCGGGGCUGCGCGGCGCCGUGUGCCAGCGGUGCUGGGCGCUGGCGCACUACGGACGCGCCCUGCGGCUGCAGCUGCCGCCCGACGAGCACCGGCGGGUGGUGAGCGAGGCGCUGCGCCGGCCGCCCCGCCACGGCCGCGGGCCGCUGCUGCUCUACGUGCUUGACGUGCUGGAGCUGCCCGACCCGGUGCUGCCGCAGGUGCCGGCGCUGCUGGGCCCCGGCGUGCCCGCCUCGGGCGUGCUGGUGGUGGGCAACAAAGUGGACCUGCUGCCCGCGGACGCCCCCGGGCACCUGGGGAGGCUUCGGAAGAGGGUGGCGGAGGCCUGCGCCCGGGCUGGGCUGGCGGGCGCCGCGCUGGUGGAUAUCCGGCUGGUGAGCGCCAAGACGGGCUUCGGCAUGGAGGGGCUGGUCAGCCGGCUGCACCGCUCCUGGAAGUGCGCCGGGGACGUGUACCUGCUGGGCGCCACCAACUCCGGCAAGUCCACGCUCUUCAACACCCUGCUGCGCUCCGACUACUGCAAGUCCCGUGCCCCGGACAUCGUCGACAGGGCCACCGUGUCCCCCUGGCCAGGAACAACACUGAACCUGUUGAAAUUUCCUGUUAUUAAUCCUACGUGUGACAGAAUAUUCCGAAGGCAGGAGAGGCUGAAAGAGGAGGCAACAAAAACAGAAGAUGAGUUAAGCAGUGAAGAAAAAAAGUACCUUAAUCACCUUAAAAAGCAAGGCUACCUAGUGGGAAGAGUUGGAAGAACAUUUCAACGGCAGAAGGCUAGCCCUGUGGUUGAAUUUGAUCCUGACAUGCUCUCCUACAGCAUGGAUGAAGAUCCCAAACAUUCCCCUAAGAAGCGUGAGCAAAGGGAGGAGUUCACACACAAUGAAGUGAAGGAUGCUCGCUGGUGUUUUGACACUCCAGGAAUUGUAAAGGAAGACUGUGUUUUGAAUCUCCUAACAGAGAAAGAAGUAAAGCUGGUUUUGCCAACAGUUGCCAUUGUUCCACGGACCUUCAUUCUCAAGCCAGGAACGACCUUGUUUUUAGCAGCCUUGGGACGUAUAGACUACUUACAGGGAGAAAAGUCUGCCUGGUUUUCUGUCGUGGCUUCUAACCUGUUGCCAGUCCACGUCACUACCCUGAGUAACGCAGAUGCCAUCUAUGAGAAGCACGCUGGCCGAGAAUUACUAAAGGUUCCCAUGGGUGGGGAAGAGCGAAUGAAAGAGUUCCCCCCACUUGUCCCUCAGGACAUUACACUGAAAGGAAUUGGUACCACUGAGGCAGUUGCAGAUAUCAAGCUUUCCUCUGCAGGAUGGGUGGCAGUGACAGCUCAUGCAGAAGAGGAAUUGCUACUCCGAGCUUAUACUCCCAAGGGCACCGCGUUGGUGGUGCGGGAGCCUCCCCUUUUGCCUUACAUCAGUUCCAUCCGAGGGUCCCGGAUCGCAGGCACCGCUGCCUACAGGACCAAAAAGCCUCCCUCCCUUGUGGAAAACCUGAAAACCACAGGGAGCAGAUAGCACUUCUUAUCAUCUGAACAAGGCAGAAGACAGAAGAGCCUCUGGAGAACCUUGUUGCUUAUUGAUAUUCAGAAGACCUUGGACUCCUUUUAAAAGGCAGACAGGCAUGUUUUGGAAAGCAGGUGUAGGGGGAGUUCCAUAAGUUCAUACCUGAUGCAGUUGCUGAACUGCAGCCAUUUUGAAUGAGCUGAGUGGCUGGUACCUUGCUGUGAGAGGCGAAACAGCUUCUCCCUGGGAUCUACCAGUAUCUAUGAGCAAAUCCCUUUACCUGUCCCCUCUUGAAAUACGGGAUGGAAACUCACCUGCCUGACCUGGGCUGGCUCCACUGCUCGUAGAGUAGACAGCUUGUUGCAGACACGCUCCUUCAGGUCAGAAAUUGUCACCUUGUUCUUGGAGGCUUUACAGUGUUUCCACAGUUACCGAGGUGGAGGGAAUUGGAAAGAACGGGGAAUGCCCUGUCAUGGUUGUGACUCUCCUCAUUGUAGUGGCUGAUACUCAUUCAACAUCGACCUUUCACUCCUUCAGAAUCUGAGGCAGAUGAGGAUGUGCAGUGCCCUGCUUUUGGACGCAGGAGAGGUGAAUCAAUGAAAAACAGGUCUGCAGAUGUGCGUGAAGAGGAAACUUACAACUCACUGCUUUGAUUUGGUUUCUGCAGAUUGUGUAAAGGUUUUUGAAACUGAGGGUGUAAAAUAAAGCUUUUCAAAUACAUUCUUUUGUAUCCUUUUCAAAUAGUUGACAAAGCACUCUUGUGUGGGCAUGAGCAUCUUGACAAAUACAUGAAAACUCCAACGCGGUAAUACCUGUGCUAAAUCUGCAGAGUGAGAGAGAGACAUAACCAGCCAGUUUGCUGAAGAAGAUGCAAAAAAGAGUAUUUUCUAAUCUCUCCUUACCGGUACUCUCACUUUUCCCUGUUCUGUUUUACCCACCCAAACUACUGAUGUCAUAACCCAUCAAUCAGGGACAUAAUACAUGUUGUAAAUUCUCAUCAGGCUGAACAAAGACACCAGGCCUGUGCCAGGGAGCUCCUGUGCUUUAUGGUACAGUCACCAUAACUCUGGCAACCAGCCCAGGAGUUAGACUCAAAAGGUCUUGGCCAAGAAACCCUUAAAUUUUUUACAGUACACUUCUCAGAAUGGUGGCUAACAAGCCCUUAAUUUCUUACAGUACACGUCAGUAAGUUCUAAACUCCCACAAGAGUAUGGUGCCCAACCUGCCUAGCACAGCUGAUGAGGAGCUGCUCCUGCAGGAGAUGACAGCAAAGGUCCGCUGUCUCGGCGUGCUGGCUGCAGCCUUCCUGUCCCACCCAAGUGUGGCUGCUCAGCGGUCUCUGGAUGGCUCAUGCCUUGAGUAAAUGCUGGUGGGGUGGCUGCCUGGAAGAGCAGGCUUAGGCCUGAUGGGAAAGGCUGCUGAGUGUGUUUUCAGAAGGCAGCUGGUCUGGGCUUCACCUGCAUGUGUGCAGGUGAAGGUGCUGGUGGGUUUUCUGCAGACUCCUCUGCAGAACUGCAACUUCUCUGUUGUUCCAGAUGCUGCUUCAUGUUUGCUGCUGGAAGUGCUGUGGCUCCUGUGCCUUCCCAGCUGAUGUCCAGAAUAAAACGAUCUUUUCUCUCCUCUGA